UCGUCAAGAACCAUUGUCCCACAGUGCAAACAGUUGGUGCAUGUGAAGAAUGAAUAGAAGUGCUGGAUAGCAGAAGCCUUAGCUCUAUUUUUGUACCCCUCUACUGCAGAAGUUCAUAAUGGAUCACAGAUGCAGGAAACGUGUUAGGGAGGCUAAAAAGAAAGCACGUCCAGAAUUGUGUAUAGAAAAAGGUGCUUGGACACGCUUAGAUUACAAGAGUAAAUUUGAUUGCAACAUCAAAGGUCUUAAAGAUGGUGCUGAGCGCAUUCAUGUUAAUGAUGUGUCACCUGAAGAGUUCAUCGAACGUUACGAAAAGCUCUACAAGCCUGUGGUUAUUGAGGGUAUCACCGACAACUGGAAAGCUCGUUACAAGUGGACCUUGGAGAGGCUAGCUAAGAAAUAUCGAAAUCAGAAGUUUAAAUGUGGUGAAGAUAAUGAAGGCUACAGUGUUAAGAUGAAAAUGAAAUAUUAUGUAGAAUAUACAAAACAUACUGAAGAUGAUAGUCCUCUUUAUAUCUUUGAUAGCAAUUUUGGUGAGCAUAUACGACGUAAAAAGCUCUUAGAAGAUUAUGAAGUUCCAAAGUAUUUUCGUGAUGAUUUAUUCAAGUAUACUGGUGAAGAUCGGCGUCCUCCAUACCGCUGGUUCGUUAUGGGUCCUGCACGAUCUGGCACUGGUAUUCAUAUUGAUCCUCUAGGAACAAGUGCUUGGAAUUCCCUUUUACGGGGUCACAAACGAUGGUGCAUGUUUCCCACGGAAACUCCUAAAGAACUGAUUAAGGUCACAUCUGCAGAAGGUGGGAAACAAGUAGAUGAAGCUAUAACCUGGUUUACUGUUAUUUAUCCUCGUACUCAACAACCUGACUGGCCAGAAAAAUAUCGCCCUCUAGAGUUGAUACAGAAGCCUGGUGAGACAGUUUUUGUGCCUGGUGGUUGGUGGCAUGUUGUAAUCAAUUUAGAUAAUACUAUUGCCAUAACCCAAAACUUUUGUUCCUGUACAAAUUUUCCUAUUGUCUGGCACAAAACAGUUAGAGGUCGUCCAAAGUUAUCGAAGAAGUGGCUGAGGGUUUUAAGGGAAAAGAGGCCAGAUUUAGCAGCAGUAGCAGAUAGUAUAGACAUCAAGAAAAGUAGUGGAAUGGCAUCAGAUUCAUCCUCAGAUUCUUCUUCUUCGUCAUCCUCCUCCUCAUCUGAUGGGUCCUCAUCGUCUGAUAGUAUGUCAGAUAGUGGUCAAGAGAGUUUACCAGAGCAUAAGAAAAAGAGGCGGAAGACUCACAACUCGCCUCCACGCUAUUGAAGUUUAGUCAUUUAUUUUGUAAUGUUUGUAACUGAUAUAAAAUGUUGCUAAUAUAUCCUCUGUAUCACUAUGUUAUGCCUUCCUAUAUGAAGUCUUGCCUUGUCUUAUACAGAUGGAAUGACUAUUCUGAAAGGAAUUAUGUACUUUUUAUGUGAUUGAAAUGGAAAAUAAAACCCGGUUAUUACGAGUAAUUUUAUACAGUCUUGUGUAAACUGAUUCAAAUAAAUUGUUUAUUGUAAAA